AGCCUGAGAGAGGAGAUUGUCCCAGUGGAAAAGUCUACUAUAGCUGCAGGGUCAGAGUGGGCGGACCCUCAGGUGUGGGCGUGGCCUGUGAACUUACCUGUCGAAACCUGAUGCUGAACCUGACCUGCCCUCCCAUGACCCCAUGUGUACCAGGAUGUGGAUGUCCUGCUGGGCUAGUGGCUCAUAAUGGAGAAUGCUAUUACCCGGAGAACUGCCCCUGUGCAUGGCUCGGUCUAGAGUAUCUCCCCGGAGAGUCAGUGGACACUCCAUGCUACCGCUGUGUGUGUCAUCGGGGGUUCUUUAACUGCACAUAUUCACCGUGUCCAGCUGUGUGUACCAUUUACAGCGAUCGACAUUACCACACGUUUGAUGGCCUGGAGUAUGAUUACGUCAGCGACUGCCAGGUCUACCUGGUCAAGAGUGUUGGUGAUACAGAGGUGACCAUCAUGGCUCAAAAUAAAGAUUGCUACGAAAGUGGGAUUGUUUGCAUGAAAUACCUGCUCAUCUAUGUUGGCCUGACUAAAAUCUACUUCAGUGAUAACUCUGGUAAACCUAGCUCGUCUACUGUUGUGGGAAGAGGAUAUGAGUUUCAGCUGUGGGCUGCGGGAUACUACACUGUGGUCCACUUUCCUGCUCAAGAUCUGACCAUUUUAUGGGACCGCAAGACCACUGUCCAUAUUCGUGCAGGACCACAGUGGAAGGGUCAAAUGAGUGGUCUGUGUGGAAACUUUGACAUGGUAACAGUGAAUGACAUGACCACAGCUGGACAUAUGGAGGUCAGUAACGCACAGGUCCUUGGAGACAGCUGGGCUGUUGGACAGUGUGAGAGCGACUUUGUAGUCCGCCGACUGUGUGAAGGAGAUCUCAGUCGGCAGCCGUAUGCGAAGCGGGAGUGCGGCCUUCUCUACAGUGACGUAUUUGCUCCAUGUCACAAUGUGGUGGAUGUGACUUGGUUUUAUAAGAACUGUCUAACGGACACCUGCAACUGCAACCGUGGGGGUGACUGUGAAUGUCUGUGUACUAGCAUUGCAGCAUAUGCACACAAAUGCUGUCAAAAUGGUAUCACGGUGAACUGGAGAUCCCCCACCGUGUGUCCAUAUGACUGUGAAUAUUACAACCAAGAGCUGGGAGAGGGUCCGUUCACUCUGUCCAGUGCAGAGCAGAAUGACUCUGUAUGUGUGUUUGGGGCGAAUGUGAGCAGCGGUGAAGUGUUUCCCCUUCUGAGGACCAAUGCUCAGCCCAGCACCAUUUUCCACUUCAUGAUCACAACUGGACUAUACAAGGACCGAGCUUCCAGACUUCCUGUUGUCUCACUGGAGUCUGCAGAGAGGCCCAACUACUUUCUGUGUGUUACUGGGAACCGUGGGCUACGACUGGAACUCUGGCAGCCUGGGGAAGAGUUCCGACGUAAGGCCACCUUCAUCCACCACCAGGGCCUGUGGUUACCUGGUCGAGCGUCCUUUGAGUUGCACAGUCAGAAGGGUGUCUUCCUGACUCUUUCUCAUACACACGUGCGAGCUCAGAACUACGACCACUCGUAUACCUUCAAAAUCAGCAGCAGCUUUAUCAUUGAGGAGAGCAGUUUUUUGAUCCCCUACCGCUUGAUGUGCGAGUGGAAGUAUCAUGCCUGUGCCAGUCCGUGUGUGAAAACAUGCAACGACCUCGAUGCAACACGCUGCCAGUUUUUACCUCCAGUUGAAGGUUGUUUUCCACGCUGUCCAAAGUCAAUGCUGUUGGACGAAGUGACCAGGCGGUGUGUUUACAAAGAAGACUGUGUGAUACUAUCUCCAACUCCGACUCCUUACAUGUUCGUGACCCGAUCAAACAGAACCACAGCGGUACCAACCUCUGCUCCUUUAACCUCAACUACAACUACAAAAACUCCCUCCACAACAACAGCAACAGCAAGCACCGCUCCGAGCACAACUGCCAGUACUACAAUCAUAACUACACCUUUGGAAGCAGAGGAUUUAAUUGGCAGCCCAACUACACCCACAUUACCACCAACCACACUCUCUUCAACUUUGGCCACCACCACCACCUCCACUGAAACUCCCUCCACUCCCUCUCCACCAACCACAGAACCCCCUCCAGUCAGCACCGCCCCGCCCACCACCACAGCCACUACACAGCCCAUAACAACACUUUUUACCACUUUAUCAACCUCAACUACAGAGGUGCCCACCACACCCGAGCCCACCACCGAACCAGAGACGACCUCGCUGACAUCCACCGUCCCACUCGUUACAACCAGCACUGUCAGUACGACCGAGACCACAACGUCAGAACCGACUUCAACAACCAUCACCGCAGAGACAACAUCUGUCUCCACGAUAACCGAGGAACCCUCAACUACUACAACAGCGGUCCCGACAACCUCUGAGAUAAUGCCUUCUCCCUCCCCUUCACCUGAGACAACAGGAAUAACAACAGUGCUGCCUCCGUUCCUUCUACCCACAGGGCCCUGCACUCCUCCAUAUUCAUUGCGUGUGGACGAGUGCAGUGAGUACAUCUGCUUUAAUGGACAGCUGAUGCUGCAUAAUUCCUCUCAGCACUGCAGAUACAACAUCAGCCAGCCACAGUGCAACCUGCUGGGGACCCCGAUCCAGACCAACACAGACCCCUGCUGCCCACUGUGGCAGUGCCCAUGUCGCUGCUCUAUAAUCGCUGACCUGCGUGUGAUCACGUUUGAUGGGAAUAAUGUGGCUCUGUAUGAUAUCGGUUCUUAUAUUCUGGUCCACCUGCCCAGAGAGAAAAUAGUCGGCCACAUUGAGAAAUGCCCAACCAGUGAGAGUGUGAACUACAUCAGAAGACCUACUCCCUCUGGUGGAACCUCUGGUCUGUGUUUUAAGAAACUGAACAUUACAACUCUAUCCUAUCGAAUUAUGGUCAACCGCUUGGACCGGAAGGUGUCGGUGAAUCAGAUCACGGCCCGGCUUCCUCUCAGCAGACAGAACCUCCAUAUUGAUGACACCGGGACCAUGUACAUCAUUAAAACACCUAGUGGGAUCAACAUAAAGUGGUACCACAGCACUGGCAUCAUGGUCAUACAGUACACGGUUCCUGAUAACACCUCCACUAGGGGGCUCUGUGGAUGUUGUGAUGGUAAUCCAGCUGAUGACCUGCGGCUGCCCAACGGUACUGUGGUCUGGGAUGUUGAGGACAUCCCAGUGUUCCUGCACGGAUGGAUGGUGGAUACGUCAGAGGAGACAGAUUACUUCCGCAGAGUGGGAGACAACUGCACCACCGGCAACUGCUCCAAAUGUUUCACCAUGCUCAACCAGAGACCUUUCUCUACAUGUCACCACAAGGUUUCUCCAGAACACUUCUGUGAUAAGAUAUGGGCUGGUGACCUACAUUAUAAAGAGCAUGAGUGUGACUUCCUGGCUGCUUAUGUGGCCAUUUGUUACACGCAUCAGAUCUGCUUCAGCUGGAGGAAAAGCAACUUCUGUCCACUCAAAUGUCCUCCUGGUAAAGACUACAAACCCUGUGUGAAUACGUGCAAGACUCGAACAUGCCAAAACCGAGAUUACUACGAGGAGAGCACCUGUUCUUCUAUCAGAGAGGAGUGUGUGUGUAAAAGCAGCACCAUCCUGCACCGAGCAGACUCUGCCUUCUGUGUCACCGAGGAGCAGUGCGUGUGUACGGAUAACGAUGGUGCUCCACGCGCCCCGGGUGAGGUGUGGAACGGCUCUCUGCGUGGCUGCUGUCUGUUCAAGUGUCUGGAGAACGGUAGUGUGGUUCCUGUGGAACCCGAGUGCAGUUAUGAUCCUGCCCCGCUGUGUGAGAGGGAGGGAGAGUAUGCAGUCGAUGUGCUGGAGGAAGGAGUCUGCUGUCCUAAGAAGAUUUGUGAAUGUAACCUCACCAUCUGUCAGAGUGAAGUGCCCAGCUGUGAGAAUGGAGACAAGCUGGUGAUUGGCUACAGCGCUCUGUCCUGCUGUCCCGAAUACAGAUGUGAAUGUGAUCCGUUGGCAUGCCAGAGUGUUCCUGCCCCGCUCUGCAGAGAAGAUCAAUUCCUGGUGGAGGUCAGAGGGGCACACGCUUGCUGCUACAGCUACAUGUGUGUGUGUGAGUCCUGUAUUGACCCUGUACCUGUGUGUCUGCCUGGAGAGAUACUGGCUGUGGAUGUGAACACCACUAAUCACUGCUGUCCACAUUAUCAUUGUGUGUGUGAUAGGAGUCUGUGUCCUGAGCCCAGUGUGAGCUGUGCUCCUGGAGCUGUGCUGGUGAAGAGACCCGCGCCGGACAGCUGCUGCCCAGAGACACACUGCGAAUGUCAGUGUCACAACGUUACACUUCCUGUCUGCACUGUGGGUGAAGUGAGAGAGGAGGAACCAGACGCCGGCGGCCCGUGUGGAUGCCCACUGUAUCACUGCAAGAAGGCAGAAGUCUGUCUGUUUCAGGGCGUGACGAUAUUGAACCCGGGUCAGUCUAUGGUGCAGUACUUUGAGGGGGAGCUGUGUUACACCGUUCAGUGCCUCACACAUAAAGACCCCAGCACCGGGUUCUACGCCAUGGAGGUCACCACUGCCAACUGCUCUGAGAAGUGUGAACCUUAUCAGGUUUAUGUCCCAUCAUCUGAUCCACAUGUGUGCUGUGGCUCCUGCAAAAACAUCUCAUGCUCAUAUCCCAGUGAAAAUGGGACUACAGAAGUAUUUAUGGCAGGAAGCUCAUGGGUGGCUAACUGCACGCGCUUUGACUGUAUGGAGACGGCGGUAGGCGCAGUAGUUCUGGCCUCUGGAGUGGUCUGUCCUCCUUUCAAUGACACAGAAUGUAUUCAGAAUGGAGGGGUAGUUCAGACGUAUGUGGACGGUUGCUGUAAGACAUGUGCUGGACUUGGUUUGUUGCCUUUUUCCGUUAGUCCAGUAACACCCACUGCUAGUACUAACUGUGAUACAGGCAAAGAAGAUGGCAAAACCUGUAAGAGAGUCGCCAUCAGGACCACCAUCAGAAAAGAUGACUGUAGAAGUAAUGCACCUGUGACUGUGUACUCGUGUGAUGGAAAAUGUCCAUCUGCCACCAUCUUCAACUUUAACAUUAACAGUCAUGCACGUUUCUGCAAGUGCUGUCGUGAGAACAGCCUCCAAAACCGUAUCAUUCAGCUGUACUGCACUCGAAACGCCACUACGGUGGACUAUUACUACCAGGAGCCAAUGGACUGCUCGUGCCAGUGGAACUGAUUCCUUGUGGACUGUGUGCAGUAACGUUAAGAUCUCACUGAGAGCACUAGCUUGAUGCAGACAGGCCCGAAUCCAACUGCAUAUCGCUGUAUCUGAUGUGUCUUAAAAUCUAUAAUUUAUCUGCAAAGAACAGUAGGUUAAUCAAACAUUUAUUCAAAUAAGAACAACAAACUGCUGUUAAAUUGGUAUAUUGUUUAGAUUUUAGUAUUAACAUUUGUUAAGUGUUGAAAUGACAUGGGGAAGAGUAUUAUUAGAAUCAAUAUUUAGUAUUUAACAUUUUAAAUACAUUUAUACAUUGUAAAACCAGAUGCUUUGUUUGUGCUUUUCUAACAAAAAAGUGUUUCUUAUUAAAAAAAAUUAUUACAGAGACAAUAAAAAUGCCAGUCUCAAGCCCCGUUCACAUCAUGAUAAAGAUAUCUGUAGCAAUAACUAUAUUAGCGUCCUCACCAACACAAAUUUCAAUAUUAUGUCAAUUAUUAGCAUGCUUAGCAUUUUUGUCAUCCUCCAUCUAAAUGCUAAAGCUCAUCAAAACAGCAUGAAGUCUGACUGAAUGUCAAUGUUUUUAUCGUUCAUCAUUCUGCAAAACUUUAUCGUUAGACAUUGUCUUUUGUGUAAACAGGCCUUUGGCAUUUGAUAUUUAAAGAGAAAUCUCACCGUUGCUUGACAGGCGCAUAUUCACACUUGUUGAUGUCCAUCUGUAUAAAAACAUGACGUGAUGAACUUGAAUUUCCAUACUAUAGCCAUAAUGCCAAACAUAUGAUUUCUGCUGCAAGUGAACUGAAUUGUAUAAGCAUAGCAUAUAGUAAACUACCUAUAAACCUGCAUGUUAUUGUCACAGUUUUUUAAAUAAUAAA